CCAAACGGCGGGAGCAACGACACUCAAUUUUUAUCUCACGUUCUGGACACCGUUGCUCGCUAGAUGGCCGUCUACUUCGACCACAAGAUAGACGCACCUGCCAGCGCCGGCGUCGCCGUCGACAUCGCGUGGCACAGCCGUCACCCGCUUCUCGCCGUCUCAUCGCAAAACGAACGACCGAACGGCGACGUCGACGGCUGUGUAAACCUAUAUUUAGACGAGGGAGAACUCAUCAAAAACGCAUCACUGCAGCGCGCUCACCUCGUCUCCGCACUCUCGUGGCAUUCGACGCGCACGAUACUAGCGUGUGGGUGGGGAAACGGAGAGAUAACGGUGUGGAACGAGCACGAGCAGCAACUACACGAGGUGCUCUCCACACACCACGCGACCGUCUUGAAUCUCACUUGGCAUCCGAAUGGAAACAAGUUGGUGUCGCUCGACGAGAGUGGUGUGUGUGCUGUGUGGAGGGUUGAUGGUAAGGGUCGGUUGCAGUCUGUGCCGCUGAUGCAGUGUCAGAAGGCGGGAGCGAUGACGCACUGUGCGUUGAAGCCGAUUAGGGUGGACAGUAAAAAGUUGUCUGAUGAUUUGCCCCUGGCAGCUAGGCUUGCCAUUGUUGGUAAUGCUGCUAAUGAGGCUGCAUUGGACAUGUUGUCAUGGGGAUCAAAAUCUAAAAAAUUCUCGUCACAAAAAUCGAAAUCAGCGAUGGGAUCAGUCAGUGAUGAUAUCUUCUUCUUUUUUGGUGGUUCGACAGGUGUUAUCCAUCAGCUUCACGAUGGUGGCAACUGCACUGAUGUGUUGACUGCUGCUGGGCCAAUUAAGGCUUUAUUCUACGACGACGAAAGGGAUCUCCUGGUGACGGUCACCAUCAACAUGAUGCUUUACCAACACAGUGUGUCAGCUGAUAGUGUGGCAACUGCAGUGCGAGAGUUUAAAUUGAGUGGAAAGCCGCCUUUACGUAGCGUUAUUCAAUUGAGUGGUGGAUGCAUUGCUACAUGCUCAAUUGAAAAUGUCAUAAGAGUGUGGGACUUGGUAAGUGAUGAUCACUACAGUCUUGACUUGUCAGGAUUGCCAGACACAAAAAAGUCUGUUGAAGUUACAUGCAUUGACUACAACAAGACUAAAGGUGUUCUGGCUGCCGGCACAAAUGCUGGGCAUGUUGUGAUGUGGCAAUACAAGGGAGUGACAGCUCAGUUGGGACAGACAAGAAAGGAAGGAUCAGAGAGAUGGGAAAGAUUAGCUAAUAGUAAAGUGGACGGCAGCAUAUCAGUGAUACAGUGGGGUGCCAUCAAGAAUCUCAUUGCAAUCAACACAACCAACGGAGUGCAAAUACUAAAUGAAAAUGUGAUGAACUCAAGCUAUCGCCAGCAACUUGCAGCAGUGCAGGUGGCUCCAGGACAUCUGUCUGUCGAGUCGUUUCAAGUCAGUUCAGUGCAAGAUCUGAAGACAGACAUUCAUAUCAAGGGGGUCUUUGUUACGAAGGAUCAUGUCACUGUAUGGAAUGGCAAGAAGGUUGUUGUGUAUGAGCUGCAGCCUCUUAUUCGAGUAGCAGGAACAUUCAACUGCAAGUCGAUGAUCGUUGUAGUCAGUGAGAGCAAUGUGUACAGUGUUGAAGGCCAUGUUGUUAAUGUGAGAAACUUUCAGGGCAUUAUUAAACAGUCGCUGAGUUUCACAGAGGAUGAAGGAGCUCCGUUGCUUUUGGACAUUUGCAAGUCAUUUUUAGUUGUUGGGACUUUCUAUGGUUAUGUUAAGUUGUGGGAUAUUUCACGAAGGGAGGCAAAGCAGCAUUUCUCAUCCAAAUGUAUAGCGGAAUCAGUAGACAGUUUUGCGGGUCUUUCUUCAGUGAAAUGUAACUGUGCUGGGAAUCAAAUUAGUGUGCUAGCCUAUCAGGUAGAACGAGGUAAAGCUGUUCCCUCAUCUUACGUCUACAUUUGGAACCCUGAUGUGGAUUCCCUGCUGUCGUUCGACUUCUCUACGGCAUCUGACAAGUCUGAUGUCGUUCCAACUAAUUCCACCUCCAUGACAGGAAAGGAAGAAUUAAUACAAAGCAUUCGUGAUCGUUACCCCUUGUCCACGUAUUGGGAUGGAAGUGACCCUCGAUUGCUUCUCUGUGAGACAAGACGGCUUGAGUCGAGAGACACACCAACGUUGGUUGCUACGGCAAGUAAGACAGACGAGAAAGGCAAUGGAGCAGGAGUACUGCAAGGUGAUGUCAUUGUUGUGUCUUUGUUCGCAACUUCUGAGUGUGGCAUCCUUCUGCAUGACAACAUUCCAUUGGACGUGAAACACACAGGUUUGAUUGGAGUCGAUGUUCCAUACUUGUUCUACUGCAAAAAGGUUGCUCAUGUUGAUGACAAAUCACCAGAUCAAACCUCACCUCAAAAUCUAGUUCUUCCCAGUCUCUCACCAGCUCUGCCGCCGCCACCACAACCACCCCCAGUUCAGCACAUGGUGGCGCGCACUACGAUGCGAGACUUUGUUGGUCUAGAAGAGAGCAAUGAGGGAGCCAAAACGGCCAUGAUGAAUUUCCUAUAUUAUUUGACUAUUGGUAACAUGGACGAGGCGUUUAAAGCGAUCAAACUGAUUAAGAGUGAGAGUGUGUGGGAGAACAUGGCGCGUAUGUGUGUGAAGACGAAACGACUGGAUGUGGCAUUCAUCUGUCUCGGUAACAUGGGACAUGCACGUGGGGCGAAGGCUUUACGAGAGGCAAUGAGUGAACCGGAAGUUGAUGCAAGAGUUGCAAUGUUAGCACUACAGCUUGGGAUGAAGGAAGAGGCAGAGCAACUCUAUAAGUCAUGUGGAAGACACGACCUGCUAAACCAGUUUUAUCAAGCAGAAGACAACUGGGUAGAGAGUAUUCAUGUGGCGGAGACGAAAGAUCGAGUUCAUUUACGGACGACGUACUAUAACUUUGCACAACACUCGGAAGCCAGCGGGAACUUCAUGCAUGCAAUUAAUGCAUACGAGAAAUCAGACACGCAUCGCACCGAAGUCCCUCGUCUUCUAUACAACGAUCCGGGUGAUCUUGAAGCGUAUGUCAUGAAGAGCAAAGACCGAGUGUUGCGACGUUGGUGGGCGCAAUACUUGGAGAGUACUGGAGACAUGGACAGUGCGUUGCAGUUUUAUGAUGCAGCGCAGGAUUACGUGUCACUUGUGAGAGUGUUGUGUUACUGUGGGAGGAUUGAUCAAGCUGCAGAGGUGGCCAAUGACAGUGGGGAUAAGGCCGCUUGCUAUCAUCUUGCAAGACAGUUUGAGAAUGUGGACAGAGUGAAGGAUGCAAUUCACUAUUACUCGAAGGCACAGUGCUUCACGAAUGCAAUCAAGUUGACCAAGGAACAACACUUGCAUCACGAGUUGAUGAACUUGGCAUUACAAGGAACACAAGACGAGAUGUUGGAUGCAGCACGGUAUUUUGAAUCUCAACCUGGUAUGGAAGACAAGGCAGUUCUCUUGUAUCAUAAGGGUGGAGACAUUGGCCGAGCUCUGACGCUAUCAUUUAGAAGUAAGCAGUUCUCAGCACUACAGAUGAUGGCGGGCGAUUUGAACGAGCAGACAGAUCCCGUACUGUUGGAUCGUUGUGCUCAGUUCUUCCUUGAGCAUGAGCAAUACGACAAGGCAGUUGAUUUGCUAGUGAAAGCAAAGAAGCAUUUUGAAGCUCUAGACUUGUGUAUGUCACACAAUGUUCAGAUCACAGAGGACAUGGCAGAGAGGCUAACUCUACCAAAGCCGAGCAAAGAAGAAGUUGCUGAAGCUUCAUACCGUACUCGUCUCCUCGAGCAUCUCGCCAGCUGCUGCAUGGCUCAAAGCUCCUACCAUCUCGCAACCAAGAAAUAUACACAAGCCGGCAACAAACUGAAAGCCAUGAAAGCUCUAAUCAAAUCACGUGACAUAGAAAAAAUCGUAUUCUUCACAAACGUUUCACGACAGCGAGAGAUCUACGUCAUGGCAGCCAACUUUCUCCAACAGCAAGAGUGGCAGAAGGACACCGAACUCAUGAAGCACAUCAUCAGUUUCUACACGAAAGGAAAAGCAUUCGAGUCUCUCGCUGGUUUCUAUGACGCUUGUGCUCAGUUUGAGAUCGACGAAUACCAAAAAUAUGAUAAAGCACUUGGGGCAUUGAAAGAGGCAUUGAAGUGUAUGACAAAAGCAAAGACAGCUAAUGCUGCAGAGCAGGAGCAGCGGGUCGCUUUUCUUAAGCAACGUAUUGCGGUGAUGAAGAAGUUUGUGGAUGUGAAGUUGUUGUACGAUGAGCAGCCUGAAGAGGCAAUUAAGCAGUGCCAGUUGCUGCUCGAUGAGCCGGAUUUGGAGGCAUCUGUUAGACCUGGGGAUGUGUAUGGGUUUAUGGUUAUGCAUUAUGCAAGAGAAGAGAACUACAGACAGUCUUACGCUUUGAUGGAAGAGAUGAGGCGUCGUGUGCCGCAUGUCAACAUGGCCUACUUCAUCAACAUGCGCGUCAUCGAGACCGUCCACCGUGCACUAGACAUACCGCUCGGACGCGGAAUGGGAGCAGAGAUGUUGCAAGACGACGUCAUCGAGGAGGAAAUCGAGGGAGAAGACGACCAAUUCAACGGAGAGAUAGAGAACAGGACAGACUACUGACACACGAAUUACAAUACUAAAACGAUAUUACUUGCAAUGGGUGGGAUAGAGUUGUAAUAUAUUUAUUGUAUUUGCUACCCAAUACUUCUGUGGAUGAAACAUAUUUUGGCUACAGAAUCAAUAGUACAGUAUGAUGCAAUUAGCCUCACGUACCCAGACCCAUUCUGCCGCAGAUCUGGCCGGA